AAGCGUCAUUCAGAAGUGCUCUUAAAUAUAAAUAUAGUUAAUGCAAGAUUAAGUCUGAAAAUUUCAAUACUCUAUCAAAAUACUGAAAGAAAGCUGUGAAAAACUCUUGUAAACAAAAAUAUUGUUUGAAAAAUGAAAAAUCAGUGAAUUAAAGAAAGAUUGCGUGGAAAAAUUAUUGUUUAAAGCAAAUAUCAGAAAAGUCUGAUUGAUUUACACCACAAAUAUUUAUAAUUCUUGCCUUUGCAAGUUGUAUGCCCCAUCGCAAUUCUCAGUCAACAUCCGUUGAAUCUCCUACCACAUCAACUAACAUAGAACCUUGUGAAACGACUCCGUUGAACAAGAAUAACUCAAGUGGCAAUAUGGAAAAUCCAUCACAAAGUCAAGAGCUGUCGUCGCGACCUCACAUGGAUGCGGUUACAAAGCGAGUGUUAAUUAAAAUUGCAAUCGAUUUCAUUUUAAUUUGUUGUGUUGGAUUUCCGAUCUUAUUUUACUUCCUUUACGGAUCGGCAUAUGAACGCGGCUUCUUCUGUGAUGAUGAAUCUCUCAUGCAUCCAUUCCACGAGUCAACAGUCACUCACAACAUUUUAUAUGCGAUUGGCUUUGGAAUUCCACUAUUAUCGGUUGUAAUUACUGAAUUGCUUCGAUGGCGUCAAAGCAUGGAUAAUGAACGCGAAUUGAAGCUUUUUGGUCGUGACAUACCAUUUUGGGUGCAAAAUGUUUACAAAUACUUCGGAAUUUUUCUUUUUGGUGCUGCUUGUAGUCAACUUACGACCGAUAUUGGAAAAUACUCAAUUGGACGUCUUAGACCGCAUUUUCUCAGUGUAUGUCAACCAAUUAUGCCUGACGGUACAAACUGUUCGCAUCCAUUGAAUCAAAAUCGUUACAUCGAAGAAUUCACGUGUGGAAAUAAAGAAUCGUCAGCAAGGAGAAUUAAAGAAAUGCGAUUAUCAUUUCCAAGUGGUCAUUCAAGUUUCUCAAUGUACACAAUGGUAUUUGCUGCACUUUAUCUUCAAUGUCGAAUGUCAUGGAAGGGAUCAAAACUGUUCAAACAUUUCUUGCAAUUCCUUUUCGUUUCCAUUGCUUGGUAUACGGCUCUUAGUCGUAUCUCAGAUUACAAACAUCAUUGGUCCGAUGUUUUAUCAGGUUCACUUCAAGGACUUAUCGUCUGUCUUUUAAUUGUCUUUGGAAUAUCUGAUUUGUUCAGUAAACGCAUUAAGCGCAGCUUACCCAUGACGAGAUACGAAUUAAAUUCUCAAAAUACCAACGGAAAUAGUAAUUGAUUUUAUUCAUUUCGAAACUGAACUUUAUGAUAAGUUCUACCUUCAUUCUAUGCCAAUAAUUCAUCAACACAUCACUUAGUUUAUUUUUAAAAAGGGUUCAGGUUUUAUUUUAACAAACUUAGUUUUAAGAUCUUAAAAAAUGUCACUGCAAUAAUAUUUUUUUAAUUAAAAUUUAUUGAUUUGAACCCUACAUAGAAAACGAAAGUUUUGAUUUUCAUCACAUGGUUUGGAUUUUUCAUCUGUUUAAAAAAGUUUUCACAUUUCUUGAUUUAGACAUUUUAAAUCUUAUCAUCAUCAACUAUGUGAGUGAAUCAUGAAACAUUUCAAAGGAAAUUCAUAUCAUAUUUUUUCUAAUGAUUCUCCAAUCCGUUUCACCAUCCAAUCAUAUAACAUUUUUCAUCAGAAUUAGCUUAAAAUAUUUUUUCAGUAAAUUAGUUUGAUUCAUGUCAAGGAUGUUCAAGAUAUUGACAUCAAAAUCAAAUGACACUAGAAGUGACCUACUUAGUUUUGUGUCUUCGUAGAAUCGAAAAUUGUAACUUGACCUCUAAAACCGUCAGCAGUCUGAAAACAAAUAUUUUGAAGCUUUUUUAGGUCAGAAAUGCAAGAAAGCUUUAACUUAUCGUCACGUUUCUAUUUUUUUACGUACUCAGGGGUUUGGUUCGACCCCGAUUUUAUUCUCACUUGUUAGUAUUUACGAUCAACGAAUUCAUUUAAAAGAUAAAUUAAGUUUAUUUCAAUUUUAAAAUAUUUUUAGAAGAAAACAUGAAAAGUUUUUUUUUUCGCUUGUUGUGAUUCCGUUCGAAGGCAUAACAAUCUUAAAAUUUUUAGUUCCAACAAAUUAUUCUUUCUGCGAUAACCGUUAUUCAAGAGCACUACAUAUUUAAGCAUUCUUUACAUUAUUAUCGUGAAUAAAUACAGAAAAAGUUAGAACAAAGCAAAGAAUUUCUAUGAAAGAAAAAUCAAAGUCAGUAGUUCCUGUUCUAGCAUUCUUUCAACAUAGUUUUCUUUACUAUUUUUUUAAUAUUACAUACAAGAGUCUUUCCCUUUUUUACCUGAAACGAACUUGUAACUACCUAAUUCACAUUAUUAUUAAGCUUUCCUCCGCCUCAAUUCCGAUGGUAUUGGGAGAGAGAAAAUAAUAUAAAAUAAACGAAUUGGAUCAUUCACACACAACUAAUGACGUCAGAGUGGCUACGUUAUGACUCGAUAUAAGUAUAAUAACAGCCAUUACGUUGGAAACAAAUAUCGAUUGCCUUAUAUUGUCGUCACAACAUUUUGCGGGGCCUUUCGUAAGCAUAAAUUAGUGGUAGAUAUUUAAAACUUAUUAUAUCCUGACAAUAUCUAA